AUGUUGACUAGUCAACUAAAAGCUUAUUUGGCGAUUAGACUAUCUUCUUCUUCUACUACUUCUUAUUCAUCUCUGUCACCAGUCUAUUUCCAGUUACAAAUGAGUGGCAGCGACGACCAUCUACGGUGGGGAACUACGGCUCCUUUAGCAGCGGAGGAUGAAGGAGAAGGACGUGUUCAGAGCUCGGUCAAUGCGGUACCGUUUUGUUUGGUGGCAACCGCAGUGUUAAUCUCCAUCUUCCUUUUACUAGCUCUGUUUGAGAGGUUCAUGUUCAUUCGACAGACUACAUCACCACCAUCUUUCCACCAGAAGGUUCCUCCUUUUGCUUCCCCCAAGAUUGGUGUGUGUGAGAGAGAAAUAUCAGUUUUGAUGCCUGGUGAAGAAGUUCCAACCUUCAUUGCUCAGCCAUGUCCUCCUUCCUACUCAAGAUCAUUCUGAAAAAAAUCUUCUUGAAUUUUCAAUUUUUACCGUUAUUCACACUCUCAUUAGAUCUUUUAAAAAAAAAAAAAAAUAUGAACUGGAAAAGACAAGAGUUUAUGUAGUCGAGU